UGGAGGCUUGUCUGCCUAAGCCAAUCAUAUUUGAGAAAUCUCACACACCCCCAGAAAAUAGUGCGCAGUUGUUGAAAAAUGAUUACUUGAGCUUUAGCGUUCAUUUCCAUUUAAAGAUUAUUUCAGUUAAUACGUUAGUGUUCUUGAAUAGUUCUUUGUUGGAAAUCAGCUUACACCGUGUCACUUUUUCAAAAACACGUCCGCAUGUCGGUAACGUGUAUGACAUAUCAUUCCGCAAUUUUCUCACAAAUGGAAGAUAGUUGAUAUGUAUACAGGAUUUUAACAAAAUGAUGCGAUUUAACAGAUAUUUUAGUCCCUCGUUUGCUUGUAGAAUUCUUAAAGAAGCUGUCAAACCAGUAUGUAUAAGUAGACAAAAUGGUGUAGCUUCAGUACCAAAUGUACUGUAUGGGAAGUGGAACAAACUUCCAAACAAAGUGCGGAAUUACGUGGACGAGAACAUCAAACUAUGCAAUCCAUCGACAGUCCAUAUAUGUGACGGGUCAGAUAAAGAAAACGAAUUAUUGUUAUAUAUCUUACAGAGAGAUGGAAUGAUUAAACCUCUUCCAAAGUUACAAAACUGUUGGUUAGCCAGGACAGAUCCAGGAGAUGUGGCUCGUGUGGAAAGUAAGACCUUCAUAGCUACAGAAAAAAUGCAGGAUACGAUACCUAUCCCUAAAAAUGGUGCUGUAGGUCAACUGGGACAUUGGAUUGAUCCAGAUGAUCUAGAAACAGAACUUAAUAUGAGGUUUCCAGGUUGUAUGAAAGGACGAACUAUGUAUAUUAUACCAUUUAGUAUGGGUCCUGUUGGUUCACCACUAUCUAAGAUUGGUAUUGAGAUAACAGAUUCUCCCUAUGUAGUGGCCAGUAUGAGAAUAAUGACAAGAAUGGGUGGUAAUGUUCUGGAGACACUUGGAGAAGGAGACUUUAUUAAAUGUCUUCACUCUGUUGGUAGACCACUUCCACUAAAAGAACCGUUAAAUAAUAAUUGGCCAUGUAAUCCUAAAGAAACCAUAAUAUCGCAUAUACCAGAUCGAAAUGAAAUAUGUUCCUAUGGCAGUGGAUAUGGAGGAAACUCAUUGUUGGGAAAGAAAUGUUUUGCAUUACGGCUUGGCUCUAUCUUAGCCAAAAGAGAAGGGUGGUUUGCAGAACACAUGUUGAUUCUUGGUUUAGAAAAUUCUCAAGGAAAGAAAAAGUACAUAGCAGCAGCAUUCCCCAGUGCCUGCGGUAAAACAAACUUAGCCAUGAUGAAUCCAACGUUACCUGGAUACAAGGUCACAUGUGUGGGAGAUGAUAUUGCAUGGAUGAAAUUUGACAAAAAUGGACAACUUCGUGCAAUCAAUCCAGAGUUUGGAUUUUUUGGUGUAGCACCAGGAACAUCAAUGAGUACCAAUCCUAAUGCCAUGGAAACCAUCAAGAAGAACACAAUAUUUACCAAUGUAGCAGAAACAGAAGAUGGAGAUGUAUACUGGGAAGGUUUAGAGAAAGAGAGAGAUAUGAGUACACCAAUCACAUCAUGGCUCAAGGUCAGAAACUGGACCAAGGACAGUGGCAAACCAGCUGCUCAUCCUAACUCCAGAUUCUGUACCCCAGCUAGCCAGUGUCCAAUCAUGGACCCAGAAUGGGAAAGUCCAGAAGGUGUCCCAAUAGAUGCCAUAAUAUUUGGUGGCAGGAGACCAGCAGGUGUUCCUUUAAUCUAUGAGGCAUUUAAUUGGCAGCAUGGUGUCUUCAUGGGAGCAUCCAUGAGGUCAGAGGCCACAGCAGCUGCAGAACACAAAGGAAAAGUGAUUAUGAACGACCCAUUUGCCAUGAGACCAUUCUUUGGUUACAAUUUUGGACAUUACUUGAAACAUUGGUUAAGUUUCCAGGAAAAACCAGGACUUAACUUGCCCAAGAUCUAUCAUGUAAAUUGGUUUAGAAAAGAUGAUCAGGGCAGCUUUAUGUGGCCAGGGUUUGGUGAAAACUCUCGUGUUCUAGAUUGGAUCUUCCGUAGAACCGAUGGUGAAGACUGUGCCCAGAAAUCUGCAGUAGGCAUGGUUCCCACACCAGGUUCAAUCAAUCUAGAGGGACUGAAAGAAAAGGUAGACAUGGAAGGACUAUUCAGUUUACCAAAGGAAAUGUGGCAACAAGAGGUUGUUGAUGUAAGGAAAUAUUUUGAUCAGCAGGUUGCUGAAGACUUGCCUCCAGAAAUAAUGGAAGAGUUACAUAAUUUGGAAAAAAGAGUAGACUCAAUGUUGUGAUCUGAUCUCAGGGACUAUAUAUAUAUUGUUAGGAAAUUUUUUUAAUUUGUAAUAGUCAAACUGUGUUCUUAAAUAAGUUCAACGUAAUGAUGUCUUUUUGUAUUGUUUUACCUGUUUUAAUUCUAUGUAUAUUUUGGUACUUUUAUUUUUUGUUUCUUAAAAUCAAAUUGAAAAUCAUGUUCAUACAUUUUUAUUGUCAUAUAUCAAAAAUACUUAAAACAUUUUUAUGACAAAUUUUUAGAUUGCAUAUUUUUACAGUAUCAACCAUAAUGUAAGACCAUUCAAGAAGAAUCUCAUAUUUUUUUAUGUAAAAGUUAUAAUUGGAAACAAAAAAUCAAAACCAUAAUUGCAUUUACAGCGAUACAGCUAAAAUGUCCAUUUUUAGGGCAAAGGUCAAGGCAUGUUCAUUGUUUUUUCUGUUCUUAUUUGAAAAUUUUUCUGUUUCAUUAACUUUCAUAGCUUAUUUAAUUUUAAUUUCAAUACUUAAAUCAAUAAAUGCUGAUCAAUUUUAUUUUCUAUUUGAAUUGCAUUUAUAACUUAUACUAAAUGUCUCGUGCAAUCUUUUUAUUUGAUGAAAAUUGUAAUUUUAAGUAAUAGUUUUAUCUUAUAAUUCAUUUUAAAUCAUGUUUAUGUAAUGUUUAUUUGGAAAGUUUGUAGGCUGUGAUACAAUAUGUAAUUUUGAUUGUUUAAUUUAUGUGUAUCAAUUACAAUUAUUUAUAGUUUAAUGUACGUUUUCUGUCUAAAUAUUGGCAAAGCCUGAAUUUCUGUGUAGAUGUAAAUAAACUGAUCUCUGUGUAUGACAUGGCUGAAGUCCUUGCAUUGGGAUAUGGGAGUGAUGUUCCUAAUUAACGAAUAUUAAUCUAGAGUACUUCAGCUGUUGAUACAAAAUUAUCUUGAGACUUUUUACUUGUUCAUCCUGCACAACUUGUAAUGAGACAAGGGCAUUAACUCCUUUCUAGUGGACAAGACAGAGUGAAAGUUUAAAUGUGUAAGAAGUAUUAAAAAAAAUUCCAUUACUGUGCAAUAAAUAAAUAUAUAUAUAUAUAUAUAUGGUUGUGCCAUCUUGCUAACAUGAAAUCAUAAUACAGAAUUCAAUUUUACAUUCCAAAAUAUUCUUGUUCAUUCAGUCAUGUGUAUCCAUCCUGAAAUUCAUGAAGUAUUUACCAAUGGGCGCUAAGCAAACAAAAAUAAAUGAGUCACAUGGGUAAAUAUAUGAACAUAAUGAAUAUAAGUUUAGACAAAAUAGAAAUACAUUUUUGUAAACAUAUAUAUCUGACACCAAAAAGCGAGAAGAUAUGAGAGGGACUUAUAGUUAAUUUAUUUUAAACCUUUUGAUAUAAACUCAUUGAAUCAGCAUUUGCAAUGCAUUUUUCAUAUGAAGGUCUAUUUUCAUAUUUUGUGAUUUCAUUACAUUUACAUCAUUUUAAUAUGCAAAAUAUUGGUCAGUGUUUGACAGUAAAAUUGUGCAUUUAUAAAAACAAUGGAGCCCCUUUUUUUAUAUGUUGGGUUGUUUUCCAUAUGUCAUAGGAAUAAUGAAUAUGAAUUGUUUAGUAUGUUAUAUAGAAAAUGAUGGGAUUAUUUCUAUAUAAAAGAAAUAAAUUUUAAAAUAUUUUA